AUGACCAGGAAUUUCCAAGGCCAAAACCACAUUCUAGAAUAUUUUGCAGCCCAGUUCCAGGACUUAAAUCCAGACAUUGAUGACAUGACUGAAAGUAACCUAAAGGAGGUUCUUCUUAACUAUAUGAAAGAAGUAAUACCUUACAAACAAGCGUACUCCCUUUUUAUGGACAAAUUAGGCACAUCUGCACCUUUAGACAUGCUCAAAUCCGUCAUUGAAACCGAUAUAAACACGCAUGAAGAGAUUGAAUCAUCAGGUUCUGAGUUUUCCGACUCGCUUGGAGCCGUUUCGAGUAGCGGUAGAAAACGAGCUAGACCAUGGAACGCUGAUGAGGAUCGUAGAUUACUUGCAGGUAUCCUCCGAAAUGGAACUGAUAGUUGGUCGGCCGUUUCAGAAAUAGUUGGAGAAACGCGAACCCGCGCUCAGUGUUCUCAAAGGUGGUUCAGAGGAUUGGACCCACGCAUUUCUAAGAAGAGGUGGUCCCCAGAAGAAGAUAAAAAACUUAUUGAUUUUGUUGAAGAAUUCGGUGAAACUGCUUGGGCGAAGAUUGCUAGUUCAAUGGGCAACAGAUCUGAUGUUCAAUGCAGAUAUCAUUAUCAACAACUCAAAAAACAAAUUAGAAAGCCAUCGAAGCAUCUAAAAUCACAACACAACACAAGUAAGAAUCGUGUUCGUGAUCAGAAACAAAACUUAUCCCAAAAUCCUAUCAAACAAUUUGACGAAAUACCUGCAAUUGCUGUUAAUCCGCCAUUAGUGGAAGGCGUUAUUAAGCGUGCUUUACCGCCCAUGAAACCAUUUACUGCUCUUUUACCACUUGAACCUCCAAUUUAUUUAACUCAGAAAAUGCUAGCUACUGCCUAUACUCUUGAUGCUUUUCUUCAUCAUUUCGGCAUGUAA